AUGGCAGCCACUAACGGCGCUACCAACGGCACGUCGGAUCCAAUGCCGGAGUGGCUGGACCGCGAGUUCGUGGCGGGCGUCCUGAGCCGGGAGGAGGGGCGACCGGUGUUCGUCCGGCAGGUGCGAGUGGCGCGGGCAGUGGGCAAAGGCGACAACUACGCCAGCUUCCUCCUACGCGUGGGCGUCGACUACGACCUCCAAGACGCCGCGGGGACUACCAAGACCACUUCCCUCAUCGUCAAGACGCUUCCCGAGGGGGAGCUUAUGCAAGAGUUCGUGAAAGAGUCCGGCAUCUUCCCGCGAGAGGAGAAGAUGUACUCUUCCACGAUCCCCGCCCUCGAGGCCCUCCUCAACGAGAACGCCCCCGAGAAGAUCGUCUUCGCCCCGGAGGCCCUGCACUGCGAGCGCGACCACACCAUCGUGCUCAAGGACCUCAAGGAACAGGGCUUCCGCAUGUGCAAUCGUCACACCGGACUGGACCUGGAGCACGCGACGAUGGUCCUCCGGAACCUGGCGCGGUUCCACGCCGCGUCCGUGGCACUGCACGAGCAAAAUCCUGAAGAAGUCGAGAGCUACGUCGAAGUUUUCUACGCAGAGGAAAAGCGCGAUCAGAUAGAACGUUUCGUACCUCAAACAUUGGAGUGCGUUGCCAAAGCGGUGGACACUUGGGAAGAUCCGCAGUUCGCGGGAUACGCGGAGAAAAUUCGGAACUUUGCCAAGACUGCGCUUAACAAGGUCAUGGAAACUACAGGGCCUGCGAAGGACUUCCUGACCGUGCUCAACCACGGUGAUUGUUGGGUCAACAACAACCUUUUCCGGUACUCGGAGGAAAGUGGAAAGCUCGAGGAGAUGAGAUUUAUCGACUUCCAAGUCAUGAGGUACGCUUCACCCUCUCUCGACCUGCAGUACUUCCUGUACACCAGCGUGCAAGGAGAUGUGCGCGAGCAGCAUUGGCGCGCUCUGCUGGACACCUACGUGGAUCAGCUGCGGGAGACGCUGACGGCGCUGGGCCAUGGGGACAAGGCCAUCACGACAGACGCGCUGCAGGAGGACAUGGACCGGCGGGCGAGUUUCGGCCUGGUGUCUUCCUUCACGGUCCUGUGUGCGAUCGUGGCCGACCCAUCCGAUGCCAUUGCGUUGGACCAACUAACCAAAGAGGACAUGGAGAAAGGAGACGUGUCCGUGUUCGAGAAGGCGGUGUCUGGCAAGAGGUUCCAUUUGGCCUUGCAGAAACUUCUGCCCAUGUUCGUGAAGAAGAAUGUCCUUUGAAAUCUCACGCUUCCCUUGGUAGCAUGUCGCGAGAUAAGAGUGGCUGCGGAUGUUUGUGAUGAGAGCUAACCGCGCCUCAAAAAGGUUGUGUAAACGCAGAGUGAGUCUCUUCGCCAACGAGUAUCGUGCCAUACGUCUACUAUGACGUAUAUUAUUGUUAUUAUUAUUGUCGUCAUUAUCAUUGUUAUUGGACAGAUCAUUUUUUAAACUUUUUAAAGAAAUUCCAAUAUAUCUUUAUCAUCAAUUGCUUUACUCAGGUUCAAUUUCUACGAUAUACGUUUCCUUUUCUUUGGUUUUCAAUAUACAUCGCAUCCCAUCGAAGUAGGAGGCGUUAUACAAGAUAUGUAUUAUUAUUAUUAUUAUUAUUAUUAUUAUUAAUUCCCAAGUUUGUUUAAUAAUUAUACUGUGAAUAUUCUAUCAUGAACGAGUAGAAAAAUGAAUCUUCAAGAAGAAAUAAGUUUCAACGAAAGUUUUUGCCUGAGUUGUAGCUACUGAAUAUCGUUAAACGACAUCAUAGUCUACCAUUACAAUUGAGGCAGCUAAGGUUCACGAAAGAACACCCUCGACGAUCCUUCACCCUUCACGAUUGGUGCAACGGAAAGAAGCAAUUUAGGUUAUUCGUAGCUCUUUUGAGGAAGAUAGUCUGCAGUAUUAAAAGGGGAACUCAAUGUCGAGAGGCAGCUUAAAAGAACAAAGAAUUUCGCAGCGGUUCUCAAACGGCACAGUACUAUUGCUCAAGUUUCUGACGGCCGUCUCAAACCUCGCAGCUGUAAUUAUGGUGUUGUUUUCUUUGUAACAUAUCGUAUGCAGGUGAGAACUAGAAAGUUUCAUCGCUUAAAGAAGAAAAAAGUUGACAUAUCAAUUAAAUCAUACACGAUUCUGAAAAGGUAUUACUACACAGCAGAUCGGAGCAGGCUACCAGGAUUCUACUAUUUUUAUGUAGAUGAUGUAUAUGACCAAUCAAUUCGACAGUAAUUUAUGUAAUUGAAAGUACAUGUAAGAU